GAGGCGCUGGUGCGCGAGACGGAGGCGGCGCUCAAGUCGCUGUCCGGCUCGUGGCCCGGCCCGCGGGCCUCGUUCUACGGGCCUCCCGCAGACCCGCCGCCUGCCUUCGAGAACCUGUUCGAGGAGAAGAAGGUCGAGCAGCACCAGCUGGCGUCUCCGGAACAUACUGAGGACAUCAAGCCGCACAUCGCUGCCCAGCACUCACCGCAGCAGCAGGACGUAAAGCCAGUGCUGCUGCCGUCCACGGGCGAGAUCGUCAAAGAUCCUGCACACCUGACUCCUUCAGUGAAAGCCAACGGCGCUGGCUCCAGCGGGGGUGGAGAUUUGGAGAACCUGCUGAAGAUCGAGAACGAGUGCGCGAGCGCCCAGUCCAAGGUGGGCACAGCGACGGCCGGUAGCGACACGACAGGACCAAAGUUCUCGCAGCCACGCUACGAGCCAGACUUCAACGAACUAGUCGAUGAUUCGUCAAACGAGCUGGAAAUCGACAUGUCAGACCCGUCAGCAACCGGUGGGGCCAGCGGCACCGUAACGGCGCAAAGUGACGUUAAGGAACGGGCGGUUCCCAAAGCGGUGGAUGGGCAGCAUCAGCCGACGGCGUCCCCGGCCUCCGUUACGUCCGCUUUCAGCCCCAGCAACUCGGCGGCAACUUCAGCAUUUCGCACUCCUACCACAACAAAGGUGCCUCCACCGUUGGACCCUCUGGGCCCGUUCCCCGCAGCUGCCACAUUCGUGGGCUACCCCGGUGCGAGCGCGGGCCCCGAGUCCAAGCCGGGCAAGCCGGGGGCCGCUGAUCUCCUGAAGGCGGUUUCGCAAGCGCCCGGGUCCGGCGGUGGCCUGCCCAGCAAAGCAGCGCACCAUUACACCGUGCUCAAGGGUGGCGCUGCCACCGGGGCUGUUAACGGCACGGCCGCCGCCUGCCAUGACGCCAAGCAGUACACUGUGCUGCAGCCCGCGGGCGCCGGCCAAGACGUCGUGGUCAGCGUAGAACCAGCUAAGCCGCUGCCGUCGCCGCCCGCCAGGACAGAGGGUAGCCGCUGUCCUACGCCUGGUUGCACGGGGCAAGGUCACGUCACUGGACUCUACUCGCAUCAUCGCAGCUUAUCCGGAUGCCCAAGAAAAGACAAGGUGACACCUGAAAUCCUGGCGAUGCAUGAGACAAUUCUGAAAUGCCCCACCCCCGGUUGCAAUGGGCGGGGCCAUGUUAGCUCCAACCGGAACACCCACCGCAGCCUGUCGGGCUGCCCGCUGGCCGCCGCCUCCCGGCUGGCGGCGCGCCUCAGCCGCAAGCAGCAGCAGCUCCACCAGCGCCUGCCCCCAGUUGGCGGCACCACGUGCCCACCAGAAUUCGGCUUCAACUGUGGGACUGGUGGCAGCGUUACUGGGAACCCUGGUCCGAAAACAGAGGGGACUCCAAACAAAUCUUGCUACGGAAGCAGUGACACCCAGCAACAGCAGCAGCAGCAACAGCAGCAGCAGCAGCAGCAGCCGCCGCCACCGCCGCAACAACAGCAGCAGCAAUUCUACAAGAAGCCCAAAUCACCUGAGUCGGCCAUCGCUGCUGGCGGUCGCCUCAUACCGAAGUCUGAAGUAGUAUCGGCUGCCAGUUGCUGUUCGGUGACCCUGAAAGUCGAGGCGGGUGCCGGGAGUAACUCGGAGCCCUACCUCAGUCACGACUCCAACUCGUCGUCAGUGUCGAGCAUGGAGCCGCCGCCCCCGCAGCAGCCGGGCCCGCCGCCCAUGGGCUACGGCAUCGGCUACGAACCGCUACCUCCGCCGCCGCCUCCGGUGGCGUCCGCCGAGGAGCUGUACGGGCGGUACGCUGGGCGGCCUGGCGGCGGGCCGGGUCCGGUGCCGGCGCAGUACAUCGGCCAGGGCUCCCCCUACGAUCCCGCAGCGGCCGCCGCUGCCGCAGCCGCUGCAGCCGCCGCAGCCGCCGGCUACGACCAGCAGCGCUACCCGCAGCUCUACGCCACGCCCACCACCUACCAGGAUGACUACCAGCAGCAUCCUCAGGAGCAGCUGCCGCUGCUGAAGACGGAACCGGUGACAGAGCCGCUGUACCCGCGCCCCAUGUACCACUUCGAUCCCAACGGCGGGGCGCUGCCGCCCGGCUUCUCCUCGGCCAUCAACCUGUCCGUCAAGUGUGUAGCGGCAGGCCAGCUCAAGGGCAACACCUCACCCGGCGGCUCCGUCAUGGACCUGUCCACGUCCAGCGUCACCUCCACCAGCCCCCAGGGCCCGGCAUACGGAGCCAGCAGCCUGAGCCCGCACUACGCCGGUCCGCGGGGCUCUAGUCCGCAGGCGGCGACCAGUCCACACCUCUCCGCCAGUCCGCACGUGCCCAGCCCGCAGGGACAGACUCUGGACCUCAGCGUCAGCAGGGUUCCCGCGAGCGGAGCGCCCAGCCCCAUGUACCCAGGCGGCGCCUACCUGACGGCGGCUGCGACGGCGGCCGCAGCGGCUGCGGCAGCGGCAGCGCCCCCGCGCGACGAGCAGACGGAGCCGGUGGACUUCUCGACGGCUAACGAACCCGUCAACUUCAGCCGCGGGCCCGUUUUCCCCGCGGGCGCAGCCGCCUACAGCCGCGAGUCCACGCCCGACAGCGGCUCCCACUACCUCGACUCCUACCGCGAACACGCCAACGGGUACGCGAGUCCCCACCCAGGCUACGCGAUGCAGCAGGCGGAGUACCCGCCCGCGGCCAACAGCUACGCCGCCUACUCGUACUCGUGCGCCAGCGGCUACCCGGGGGGCGGCUACGCCGCGCCCGUCUCCUCCGGCUACUCGCCCGCUGCGCCCUGCUACGCCAUGCCGCCCCCGCAGCCGCCGCAGCCGCCCCUCGACAAGCCUAUCAAGGAGGAAGGCCUGUCCGGUUGCCCGCGUGCCGACCGGUCACAAAUCCAGGCGCACUCACAAGAGCUGAAGUGCCCGACACCGGGGUGCGAUGGCUCAGGUCAUGCCACCGGUAACUACUCGUCGCACCGUUCGCUGUCGGGCUGCCCACGCGCCAACAAGCCCAAAAGCAAGCCGCGCGACGGUCAGGACUCCGAACCACUCAGGUGCCCCAUCCCCGGCUGCGACGGCUCCGGACACGCCACCGGCAAGUUCCUGUCGCACAGGAGCGCGUCGGGCUGCCCCAUCGCCAACCGCAACAAGCUGCGCGUGCUCGAGUCUUCGUCCUCGUCGUCUGCAGCGGUGGCCGCCGCCGCUGCCGCCGCCGCUGUCAAGUUCGAGGGCAGUGGUUCGUCCUCUUGCCCGGCCCCCGCCUACGACGGUCCCGGUCACACCGACGGUUCCUCCUUCCUCGCGCACCAUCGAGCCACGCUGUCCAGCUGCCCCCUGACUGUUGCCGCCCCCGGAACGGGCACCCAUCACCCGCCACCCCCCGUUCCAGCCCCGGGGACUGCGGCCGCUGCAGCAGCUGCUGCUGCAGUUGCCGCAGCCGCCGUUGCAGGACCACCGGCGCUCGUCAAGAAGGCACACAAGUUCACCGAGGAGCUGUACUCCAAGGCGCCUGCAGAUAUUCAGUAUUUUAACAAUCCAACAUGUGGAAGGCAGCACACUUCUAAUGCAGCAUCGUUUAAUAUUGGAAGUAUAGAAGGUCCUGUCAAUGCAGUGGGUUCUGGCAGUGAAGACCUGGUGACAUUAGAAGCAGAGAUCACAGAAUUGCAGCGUGAAAAUGCUCGUGUUGAGUCACAGAUGCUCCGUCUACGCACUGAUAUAACAGCCAUGGAAGCACACCUUCGUCAUGGAGAAAAGAUGAUUAGCCAACGCAACAACAAUCUAAAUGAAUACUACGAAAACCUUCGAAAUAAUGUUAUUACUUUACUGGAGCAUGUGAGAUUACCUGGUGGAGGUAGUGGACAACCAGGAAUUGGACCUGCUCCUGGAGAAAAGUUGGUUCAUGAUAAUUUUGACAGCUACCUCAGUAAGCUUCAGACCCUAUGUACUUCCGAUGGUUACUGUGAUGCCGAAGGUAAUCGACCAUUGUAUGAAACUGUGAAAUCUGCUCUACAAGACUUUACUGUACUGCCUACACCCAUCUGAAUUUAACAAACAAAUUAAUAUGAUCUGCAGGUUGAUGCUGAGAAAAUUGAUUAUUGAUCCUACCAUUUACGGAUAAUGUGUGAGUCAGUUGGCAUUAUCGUGAAAUAGUGCUGUGAAUGAAUUAGUAUGCAGUGAUCUUAGUAUGUAUUUGACUCAACAGUAGUGUCUUUGACACCAGAUACUUGGGUUGUUACCCAUGCUACCUUUUUUAAUGGUUAUCAGCUAAUUUUGUGCAUCUAUGCUGGUGUGACUACUUGUGUCUGAACCUGUGAUCCCCGACCUGCAAGUGCAUCUGUGCAAUUGAUUGUAGGCAUAAAAUAUCAACGAAUUCAACUGUGUUGUGAUUAAUAGUUUAUACAGACUUGUAAGUAUUGUAAUCCUCAAUGCUAUAGGUCAGUGUUGUAAUAGAUCGUUUUCUUUGGGAGAUGUCUGUAUUAACACCACUCUUAAAUGCUACAAUGAAGACAAAUGUGGUAUAUGCAGCAAUUGAUUUAAUUAAAAAUUAAAUUAUUUCACAUUUGUGAGUGGUUUACUCAUGUUUCCAAAAACUAUGUCCAAUGUAGAUGAAUUUGCCAUUCAUGUGUGACAGUUGAUUUUGUUGAUUGUCCUUGGAUGUGAAUUCACUAGAGUGACAUUCUACUCCAUUGAAAAUAAAUAACACAUUGUUGUGUAUCCUAUGUAGAAUAAAUAUUCUGUUUGUUAGAGCAAAAAAAGAAAAGUGUUAUUUACGAGUAUUACAUGAUCAUUGUACAAGACUAUUUUUGUGCACAUCCCUUCAAGUUUUAUGAUUUCUUGUGUAAGACUACAACAGUCAAUACUUUAUUACCAUAAGCAAAAAGUUUCAAUGGAAAUACAGGGCAAUAUAUUGACACUACAGUAAUGAUAUUUUCUAUGAGGUAUAUUUGUCCUCUCCUAUAACUGGAUAUGACAUCAUGGUGCUAGAUGAUGGUGUUGCAGUCAUGAAUGACAUCUGAUACAUUUUUUGCAAUUGUCUUAAGUGAAGAAUAAAGAAUAUUGUUUGUUUAUGCCUCAGAUAGCAUGUUAGACUGAUGUGUUUUUGUUUGUUGUUGUAUUAUUGAUUUUUGUUAAUGCCAUUUAAGCAGAAGUUGCUGUUUAUGCCAACAUAAUGGCAGCUACAAAUAUUUAUCCCUAUUAAAUGUUAUUAAAGCCUUAUAUGUAAUCUUCUGUGAAAGAAAUACUUUCCAUUUUCAUUUAUAUGUACUUAGUGUGUAUUUAUUUUUUGAAAUCUGAAAAAUACACCAAAUUUUUCUAAAGUUCAACUGUAACAUGAGAAUGACAAGAAAAUUUGGAACUACAUAAGAGUGUGCAAUGCAUGUAAUGUGAUUACAAAGUAAAUACUGUAUUAGGCAAUAUCUCAGUGUUCUGUAAAUUAUUCUGCUUGUUAUUUGUCUACACUAGGAUUGGUUAACUUAUGAAAUUUGUAAAACAAAAAUUAAAUCAGACAAAGCUGUGCUCUAAGCUGAAAUUACACAUAUAAUUAUUUGCAUUUAUGUUACCUUCCUGUGUAAUGCAUAGUCCAUAAUGCUGUUUCUUUUAAACUGGACGGAUAGGUAUUCCAGGAUAAAAAACUUUUUGUUUCAAAUGCCUGCAUCCUAUGAAUUGUGAAUUUUCCAAGGAGUUUGACA